AUGACCAAGCUACGAAGACUCAAAACCGCCGGAAGAAACGCCCGCAGCCGCUCUUCCCUGUCGAGCAUGGUCGAGGGCAUGUCUUCAAGUGGUGUUUCCCUCACGACAAGUAGAAAGACAGGAGACAUGACAGGGUAUCACCAGACACAACAAGAGAGCAAUGAGAUCUCAAUUUCCGGUACGAACUUGUUUUCCCACCCCUCAAAGCUUCAACCGUACCGCAAAGAGCCUGUAACGCAUUCUUCCCACAAGUCAUUGGCGACUAACCGUGUUUCGUAUCCAGACGUGGAGUAUUGCUGGCCAGUGCGCAAUAUCAUGAGCAAUCUCCAAAUCUACAAAGAGGCAGGGCCAUCCCAAGCAACGGGCGCCGUGACUGUCCAAGGCCGGGGCGGUUUGCAAUCGACGUCUGGCAGCUGUCGCGUCAUCCGGGUAUUUCGAUACGCAGGCAUUUCAAUAUCGCUCGCUGUCGGCUCGUCUCUCCGUACUGGAAGAUCUGUUCGGGAGUACGCGAACAGAAUCGAGGCCAAUACAACUUGGCCAAAAAGUGCUUCAUGCGUCGUCAAGCCUCUUCCUUUGAAGCGGGGAAAUGCGACCCCCAUGAGUUCCACGGAGUUAUCGAAGGAGAAGAGGCAUUCGGCCCCGAGACAAACAGACGGCUGCUGUCUUCCGGCUCAGUUAAUUUCCACCGUCACUAACCCCGAGCGAGGUCGAAAUGAUGGACAAGCAUAUCACGGGGUGACCUGGUCAUUCGAUAUACGCUUGUCUAUACGAAGAGGCUGUCACGACUUCGACAUGAACCCUACGGAUGAAGCCUGUCAGCUUUACCUACAUGAAAAGGAUGAGACUUAUCAUGCUUCUGUUCAAGCUUGCCGCAUUUGUCGUCAAUGCUUCGACGUUACUUAUCGGCUACCUCGUGGUUCUGAAGAUGACCCAGUCUGCAAUCCUUCCGAUCUGAACGCCUGCUCAUCAGGGGCCACAGCUCCAUGGCUUCCCCUUAACGUCUGCCUGCAAAUCAAAGCAGCCGGUAGCACCGUUUUCGUGCCACCUGUUCGCCCCGCCGCCAAUGUACAUCAGCGUCCUGCCGGUGACUUCGCCACUUCGCGCCCAACAGGGCUGGCUUCUGAGCGACUAGCCUUCGACGAGAUGGAGGGUGAAUCGAUAUGGAUGCAGACGGACUGGGCUGUGGGAUGCUCCCGACCGGCACGGCAGUGGAUCAAGCCACCAACCUUGUCCAAAUUCGCCCGCCUAGCCCAUCAGUGGACCUCAAUAAUACUGCUGCCUGGAAAGCGGCGUCUUCCAGUAAUCCAAAGCGAUAGCUCUUCUGGAAUCGUUACCACAACCUCCCACGAUCUCGGACAAUUGAAUAGCCCCAGCUUGUUCUACCAGCAACGUUACGACUUCGGGCGAUUGUUGAGGACUUCGGCCACUGGAACGGAUGAUAAAGAAAGGGCUCACACGUUUGGUUACCCGGAGCUUUCGGGGCUAGGGAUAGAGACAGCCACAGACCAUGCUUUGGCGUCUCAGGUCAAACUUGCUGCGCCUACUUCGCUACUGCUAUCAUCGAAUAGCAGACGCUUGACGAGUCUUGAAGGAUUGCACUUGCAGGUCGCGUGGUGGCCAAUAAGGCCCAAGACGCAACGAGUGACCUGUGACAGCUUGUUGUCAACUUGUCAACUUGGCAUGCCUUCAGAGUGGGCCAUCACCAAUGCAACCUCACUUUAUGGCGAUUCCCCAAACCGGUAG